AGGUCGGGUCAGGCGUCCAUCUUGAGCAGGAAGGUCGGCCUCCAAGGAGACUGGAUGGAAUUAAUACGUAUUUGAAGAUAUUUGCAAGUACAAAUUGCAAGAAUUCGUCUCUGAAUCGUUACAACCAUGUUCAAAAGAUUUGGGAGUAAAAGCGAUGUUCAACAAGAGUUUAAAUGCACGGUUAGAUUUCUUGACGACUCUGACCCUUUGGAUAUCACUUUCCAGCGAGAUGUCAGUGGGCAGUGGCUCAUAGACCAUGUGUGCAAACAUCUCAAUUUAGUUGAAAAGGACUAUUUUGGUUUAAGAUAUGUGGACACAGACAAGCAGAGGCAUUGGGUAGAUCCUCUCAAACCUGCAUACAAGCAACUUAAAAAUGUGAGUCCUCUGGUGCUGUGUUUUAGAGUGAAGUUCUACCCUGCAGAACCUCACAAACUUAAAGAGGAAAUUACAAGAUAUUUCUUGUUCCUGCAGUUGCGCCGUGACCUCCACCAUGGUCGACUGUUGUGUCCUCCAGGUGAUGCAACUCUUCUGGCUGCAUAUAUUGUCCAGUCUGAACUUGGUGACUAUGAUCCCCAGGACCAUGGCCCAGGCUACGUGUCCAACUUCAAGGUCCUGCCUAAACAAACACCAAAAAUUGAGGAGCGGAUUGCAGAGCUGCAUAAAGGCCUAACAGGCCAAGUACCUUCAGAAGCAGAGUCUAACUUUUUGAGAAAAGCUGCCUCUCUUGAGACAUAUGGGGUAGACCCACACAUUGUUAAGGAUCAAAAAGGAAACCCUAUGUACAUGGGUGUUACUUGUCAUGGGAUCAGCACAUUCCAAGGCAACAAAAGAACACAUUUCUUUAAAUGGACUAGCAUUAACAAAAUAGCAUUUGAAGGAAAGAUGUUCAUAUUACACCUAACACUUGGAGAGGCCGACCUUGAAGAGUACAAAAUAGACACAAAAAGUAGCUCCUUUUUACUUGGGUGUACCGGAAAUAUGAUGAAGAAGCACGUUGUUGGCUUCAAAUGCCCCACAACUGCAGCCUGUAAACAUCUGUGGCGAUGUGCUGUGGAACAGCAAGCUUUCUUUACCCUUCCUUCAGCUUCCCAAGCUCCCAAAGUUUAUUCUGGGGGAGGACUAUUCAGGAGAGGAUCCAAAUUCAGAUUCAGUGGGCGUUCUCAAAGAGAGGUGCUUGCAGAUAGUGAAAACAUCAAAAGAGAUAGCCCCACUUUCAGUAGGUCAUCUUCCAAUCCAAUAAUUGUUAGGAACCACAGCAAGAAACAGCAGAAGGAGAACACGUUACCUAUUAACUUUACUCUGAGUGCUGAUGCUUCAGGUGAUAAAGCAGAUGAGUCUCGCGACGCAUCCAGUCCCGCCACCGUUUCUGAGUCCGUGGACAUCACUUUGGACUCCACGUUACCAAAUCAGACAGAGGUGACCAUAACCAGUGAAAACAGCCCCUAUGAACCAGAUGAGACCAUAGUUGAGGGAUCCUCUGAUGUCCAAGACACUUCUGCACCAAACGACCUACUGGAGACAAAAAUACGGGAUGCAGAGAAGGAGCUUGAAGAGCUGCGGAACCCACCUGUCUGCAGCACACCCAACCACUUAAAUGAGGUGGACAGGGAGUCAGAAACAUCCUCAGUUGAAGGAGAACCAGCUGUUGUGGAAGAAAACAUCCAUGAGAAAAAUAAUGGGAAACUGACCAAUACAGAGCUCCCCAAGGAUGUGGUGCCAGCACCACCCGCAGAGAGGUCUGGGACAGCCACAUGUUGCAGAUACUUGACUAUCAGUUUUGUGUUGACUUUUCUGCUGCUAUUUGCAGCUGUAGUGUUCAUCAUGGAGGCCAGUGUUGAGAGUGAGUUGCUAACGGAGAUCAAAAACCGAGAAGAAGUGAUUGAUUUCAGAGUGCAGUACUACGAUCCUGCUAGAGCCUAUGUGGUCAGCUUGGCUGAACAGGGCCUUGCAUAUUUCCAGUCCUAGGCUCAGCCCGUAAAACUGUGAGGAGCGUUAAAACCAAAUGGUUUGGCAGUGAGUUCACAUUACCAUAGCUGGAGUAUACAUUUUCAAAUUGACAAUUUAAAGAUAAAACAACAAUUGUGACCAAUGCACCUAUACUUUGUAGCAUCUUAAUAGACUAUUUUGAAAUGUAAUUUUAAUAUCUGAUGUUUAGUAUAAAGAAUGACAUGAGAUUCAUAUGAUACACACGUACUAUUGUAUACCUUUAUUAUGUUUCUCUUUUAAAAUAAGCUAAAAGGAGCUUUUAACCAGCAGCUCACUGCCUUAGACAGUUUAAUUGUCUUGGUGGUAGGUUAUAUAUUGCUGAACCAUGGUCAUUUUCUGCCCUAUAGACAAUUCCUUUUAAUUUGGGAUAAUAUAGAUGUAGUUUCUGAGCUAUUUUGAAGUAUUUCAGGCACAGAAUUCACUAGAAAUUGGUAAAAAUAGGUGGUGCAUUAUUAAUGGUUAAAAUUAGCAUAUCUAGGAAAAUUUUCAUCAUCAUUUUUACUACUUUGAAAUUGCAUUCUUCAAUGAAAAUUUGAACCAAUCAUUGAAACCUAAAGUGCGUUAAAUAAUGGAAUAGAUUGUAGAUAAGGAUAAUACCAGGAACUUGAAGUCCACUUUGUCUGUAAACUCUUUUAAUGAUAUUAUCUUCUGGAUCAAAAAUACUAAGUCAUACGGUGACAUAAAUUAUUUUUAAAUAGUUUGUUGUAAUGUUGUGUUCUUUGUGUUACAGUCUUCGCUUGCACCACAUUCCAAAUAAUAAUUAUUUAGAAAAUGCUCUGAAUUAAAAUGUGGUAAUAUGCCAUCUUAAUAUUUUACACCUGUGUGCAUGCCAGUACGUAUCAAUCAUUAUUUGCAUUUAAAUUUUGGUUUUAUAAGAAUAUUUUUUAUAUUAGCUUUGAUUGUAAUACGUGUAUACAUAUCCUGAUGUUGGAAGCUUAUAAUUUACUUUUCCUUGAUUGCUUUCAAGCUUUGGCUUAAUAAGUAAUGUUUAAGCUAUUUAGAGGAGUAAACGGAUAACAGAAUGCUAUGCAUGUUAAACUGCAAGUUGUAGCAUGUUUUAAUUUAUUGUGGAAAAUUUUUAGUGAGCUCUGAUCAAAUAUAUAUUCAAGGUUAGUGAAUGAAAAGGAGUUUAGACUGAUCUUAGUGAUUUUUGAUCAAGUUUCUCUAGUAUGUAUGUCCAAAGGAAAAAAAAAGGCGAACAUGCAAGUUGAAUAUGCUAUCAGGAUUCUUCAUAUUUUAUGGGGUAUAUAGACAGUAAGGGUAAAUGUGGGUUUUGAGAUACUUUUUGGAAUUGUAUAUUGCUUUUUUUUAUUUAUUUAUUUUAUUUAUUUUAUUAUUAUUAUUUUUUUUUUUAGUUUUGAAAUACCCUUGAAGUUCAGCACAUGCCUUCAGAAGUUAAACAUUUGAAACAUAGCUACAGUUUGGAGUGGAGUUUGCUUUAUGCUAAUGCUUGUUAGCUAUGUACUGGGGGUUCAUGAUGUCAGAACACUUGAUGGAACAAAAAA